AUGAAUAAAAAUCCCGAAGAUCCGUACAAUUUAAAUCUGGCAAAAAGUCUAGAGUGUGCAGGUGACGUUGGCAGAAUUUGUGGCAGACAUUUUGCCUGGGACAAUUUCCAAGUUAUCAGCUGCCUGCAAAAUGGCUACAGGGAUAAUGAGAUCAGUGAACCAUGCCAGCAUUUAAUUUGGAACUACAAAAGAAACAUGACUGUUGAUCCUGUCUACGAGAAGAUGGUUCAAAACAUGUGCCAAACUAUGAUUGCUCAAAUCCCAGAAUGCAAAAGUCUGACAAACACGAAAGGUCACCUGAUCCCUUGCCUAAUUGGCUACCUGGACAACUCUAGCCUCACAACUCCCCACUGCCAAAGUUUUCUCAGCAGGUUGAAGCCAGUGGUCUUUGGAGACUAUCGAAUAAUUUAUAAGUUCAGUGAGUCAUGCCAGGCUGAUAUCACUAGGCUGAAGUGUGGCAGGGUCGAAGGUCAACAGGAAGAGGAUGCUUACCACAACCAAGGAAACACGUUAACUUGUCUGGAGAAGAAGCUGUCAGAUUUGCAGCCGAACUGUCGCGACGAGCUGCUGAGAGUGGCUGAGCUGCAAGCCGACGAUUAUCAUAACGACAGGUGGCAGUUAUACUUCGCCUGUCGCAAUGACAGAGAGCGUUUGUGUGGCGACGUGCAGUCGGGCCAGGGCAGAGUCUACGAAUGCCUCUUUAAGAAAAAAAUGUCGCCAGACAUGUCUGAAAAAUGUAGAGACAUGUUGAUCUUGAGGCAGAGGUUACAGCAAGAGGACUACAAGGUCAAUCUGAGGCUCGCCCAGUCUUGCCAGGAGGAGGUCGUGGAGAAUAACUGUAUGAGGCAUAUUGAUAGGAUCGCGAGGUUCCCGAACGCCCGCAUGUCGGCCAUUUUGUUGUGUCUGGAAGCCGGGAUGAAGGAAGGUCGCCAGGUCAAGGCUGAAUGUAGGAUGGAGUUGAAGGAGGUUCGGAGGAGUAUGAUGGAGGACUACAGGAUCAGUCCGAGCAUCGUCGUUGGCUGCUCCAAUGAAAUCGAGCAGAAGUGUGGAGGCAGUCUACGACGGGACGGUGGUACCAUACACUGCCUGAUGGAUCUGGCCAGGCCCCAGAAAGUUAACGGGGUUUUCUCCAUUCAAGUCUCGUCUACAUAUCUGAUGUUACAAGUGGAUAUCGGUGAAAGUUACGACGUCGAUCCCAUCUUGAAGCGAGCGUGUCGCGACGUUGUGGCCGUCUACUGUGGCGACUUGACGCCAGGGGAAGGAAGGGUAAUGCAGUGUCUGAUGUCGUCAAUUGACAAACCCCAGAUGACAGAAGUGUGUAGGGAAAGUUUGACCGAAAUCCAGUACUUUAUAUCCAGAGAUUUUAGACUGGACCCACAACUCUACAAAGAAUGCCACAAGGAGGCGAGCACGAUCUGUCGGGCCCCCAGUGAAUGGUACAACUCUGAAAACGUUUUUCACCAACCGGAAAUUGCUUACCUUAUCUUUGCCUGCCUCUACAGGCACAUUGAUAGGGAAGCCGACCCGGAAGAAAAGAAUUAUAAGCCUCUGAGCCGAAAAUGUGCAAUUGAAGUCGAACGCGUCAUGAGGGAACGUGCCCUUUCUGUUAACCUUGACCCGAUCAUUGAAGGUCAAUGUCUGAAUGAUUUGUCCAAGUUCUGUCUAGACAAGUCUGAAAAGUCUGAGGAAAUGAACUGUCUGGAAGACAAUCUCGACAACUUAUCUGAAGAAUGUCGCAAGGUGGUGAGUGAAUCAAUAGUUGACGUGGACAAAGAUCCAAGCAUCAAUGGCAUCUUCCUCAGAUCCUGCGAACCCUUUUGGCAAAAACACUGCCAGAUGAUGACGGAAGAGCUGGAAGAUGAGCUGAUGGCAUGUCUCAUCCUAAACAAGCAUCAUCCGGAUAUGCAUGACAAGUGCAGAGCCGGUGUGGAACAUCACCAACUGAUGACCUUGAAAGACUACAAAUUUUCACAUAACUUUGACAAGGCCUGCAGAUCUAACAUUAAGAAAUAUUGCCCCCAAGUCAGGAAUAAGGCUGAUGUUGUCGACUGCUUGAGCACGGUCAUGUUGACUGAUACGUUCUUGGAAACUAAACACAGGCUGGACAAACAGUGCAGAGCUCAGCUGAAUUUCGAGUUCUUGCAAAGAAGUGAGGAUAUAUUAUUGGAUCCAAAGUUGAGAGAUUCUUGUUCCAAAGACAUCAGCACGUUUUGCCAGCACGUUGAACACGGCGAACAGAAAGUCAUUCAAUGCCUAAUGGAUAACUUCGAAAAGUUGUCUCAAAAGUGCCACAGGGAGAUGUUCCGUAGAAAAGAGAUUGAGGCAGUAAACCCGAAGCAUGAUUAUGGGUUCGUGACGAAAUGCCAGCACAUGAUCCAGAAACACUGCUCGGAUCAGCAGCAGAACCCACACAGCAUCAUCUACUGCCUACUGCAGAAGAUGAACGACGAGGACGACGACGACGACGGUGGCGAUGGUGGCGGCGAUCCUGGCGACGGCGAGUUCGAUGAAAAGUGCAAGAGGACUGUGGCCAAGUGGAGUCAUGUCAUGGGCAUUGACAUAAGACUAGAUAGGGAGCUGUCCGUAAGCUGUUCGCCAGACAUCAGGAAGCAUUGCCCCAGCGAGUUCAGCAGUCUGAAGAAUGAUAGUGAAGAUGGCGGGAAAGUUCUGGAGUGUCUGAAGAAUGUUUACGUUAAGAAGUCGGAGAAACCACAGUUGACUGCCAGGUGCCACCACCACAUACGUAACCUCAUCAGGAUGGAGGCCAAGGAUCAUAGGAUGAAUAUACCACUUGUUAAGCAUUGCCACGCUGAGAUAAAGAACUUAUGCUCUGAAGAGGCAAACUUGGGAAGAUCGAAUGGGGAGCCUGAUGGCCAGAGGGGGGAUGAGGGGGAGGCUGACAAUGGGAGGGUCCUGGACUGUCUGAAAGAUGCCGUCCUCAAGAAGUUGAUCACCAUGGAAAAGAAUAGGAAGUGCUUCAAGCAAAUCAGUCACGUGAUAGAGGAGGAUAUGGUUGAUAUCCAUGCUGACGUCAGGCUCUACAGCGCUUGUUCCCUGGAUCUCGUCAGACUCUGUGGGGACGUUCCUCUGGGGGAGGGGAAGAAGUUGGAGUGCUUGCUGGCUUUUCAGAAGGAUAAGACUCACAAGCUGUCCGAAAAAUGCGACGAACAACUCAAGACGAGGUUCAAACUCUGGAGCUCCAUGUCUCAGAUCAUCCAGCCGCCGAUCAAUCUGCAAGAGGUCUUCGACGCGAUGACGUCAUCACCUUCCUCCCACUACUUCCUGUUCGUCUUCGUGGCAGCCGUACUCGUCAUCUUCAUAUUCGGGCUCUGCUUUGGCAGGGUCACCAAGAGGGUGAGAAGGGAGAUGAAGAACAGAUAA